CUGCCGAGCGCUCCGCCGCCAGCUCCCUUCGUGGAAAUGCGUUGGGGAGAAUGUGAGGGAAGUUCAAACGACCUGAAACACGCCACGAAAAUAUCCGCGCCGCGGUGAAGGAAGUGGAGGCCGAACCUGUCACACUCGCAUGGAUACCGGAAGUUGUCCGGCAGAUUUUUCCACAUGGUGAAAAUGGCUGCGAACGAGGAAAAACAACAGGGCCACAGACCCGGUAUAUACAAACAGAAGAAUAAAGGACACAAGCAUGGCAAGCACCGGACGAAAGGUGAAAUUGAGAGACUUAACAAAGGGAGAGUGUCUGUGAUGGCGCUAACCAAAAAACAGAGGAAGGAGCAAAGGAAGAUGGACAGAAGGCACAAAGCCAACCAGUUACGCAAGAAUAAGAAAGCCAUGGUCCUGACAGAGAAGCGACGUCUAGGAUCCAGGGAUGGUCCUCCACAUUUAGUUGCUGUGGUUUCGCUCCAUGCUGCAGCUGAUGCUGGUGCUGUUACCAAGCUGCUGCGCGGAGAGGAUGCCGGGGGCGUCGUACAUCAGGAGCAGUGCAUCAGUGGCGUCACUGACAGUUUUGGUCUAAUCCUGCCUCGUUUCAAACAAAGGUUUACAUUUCUAAGCCAGAACACAGCUGACAUACACGCCCUGCUGGAUGUGGCAAAAAUUGCAGAUAGCAUUGUAUUUGCAGUGGAUUCCACUGAGGGUUGGGACAGCUAUGGAGAAUACUGUCUCUCCUGUCUCUUUGCCCAAGGUCUUCCCAGUCACGCCUUGGUGUGUCAGGGCGUCACUGAUCUUCCUGUAAAGAAAAGGGUUGACUCCAGGAGAGCUCUGUCAAAGAUCAUAGAUGCCCGUUUCCCUGAUGCCCGCCUUUUCCCUCUGGAUACGGAGCAGGAUGCCACUCUGCUUCUCAGACACCUGGGUACGCAGAGACAGAGAAAGCUUGGUUACCGUUCUAGGCGUUCCCAUCUAUUGGCCCAGCACGUCACGUUUGUGCCCAACGGUCUCGCUGAGGGGACAGGAGGUGGACCGACUGGCCUAGGCACACUCUGUGUCUCUGGGUAUGUUCGAGGCCAUUCUCUAAGGGCAGACAGACUGGUGCACAUCAGUGGACAUGGAGACUUUCAAGUCAUUCAGAUUGAUGCUCCACCAGAUCCUCUUCCCCUCAACUUAACAACACACAGAUCAGCAAAGCCUGGCAAAGACGUUGACAUGACGGAUGGAGGGGAAAAUGACAAUGCUCCGGUGCGCGUACUGAUGAAAUCAGACCCCUCAACCAGGGAGAGCCUGCAGACAGAGGCAGAGGUGGAUCCCAUGGAUGGAGAACAGACUUGGCCAACUGAAACAGAGCUGCUGGAAGCUGAAGAGGCCAGAAAGAAUAAGCGUGUCAUGAAGGUCCCAAAAGGAACAUCAGAUUACCAAGCGACGUGGAUUGUGGAUGAUGAUGAAGACGAGAACGGAGAGAUGGAUGAAGAAAGUAGCGAGGAUGAUGACGAUGGCAUGCUGGACGAUGCCAUGGAUGGAGAGGAUGAUGAGAAUAACUCUCAGGCUCUUGACUCAAGCUGUUCUUCAGAAGCAGAGGAGGAAGAGGAGGAAGAGGAGGAAGAGGUGUGCUCCGCUGAGCGAGGUGGAGAAGAGCAGCGUUACGAUGAGCACAUGGAUGAGGCUGCAGAAGAAGAAGGCCUAAGACUCUACCGUGAAGCUCGAGCCAAUGAGAUGUUCCCAGACGAGGUGGACACGCCCCUCAACACACCAGCUAGAAUCAGGUUCCAGCGCUACAGAGGUUUAAAAAGUUUCCGCUCCUCACCCUGGGACCCCAUGGAGAACUUACCUCUCAACUACUCGCGCAUCUUCCAGUUCCAGAGCUACGAGCGCACACGCCACCGUGUGCUGGCUGAGGCUGCAGCUGAGGAAGAGGGAGCCAUGGUGGGCUGGUACGUUACACUGCACAUGAGUGACGUACCUUUUUCUGUGAUGGAGAGCGUCCAGUCAGGCCGACCUCUGGUGCUGGUGUCCCUCUUGCCCCAUGAGCAAAAGAUGUCAGUGAUGCACCUCUUAGUGAGGAGACACCCCAGCAACACAGAGCCGAUCAAAUCCAAAGAGGAACUCGUGUUCCACUGUGGGUUUCGAAGGUUCAGAGCAUCUCCCAUCUUCUCCCAGCACACUUCAGCUGACAAGCAUAAGAUGGAGCGCUUCCUCAGGCCAGAUUCCCCUGCUGUGGUGUCAGUGUAUGCCCCCAUCACCUUCUCCCCUGCAGGAGUCCUGCUCUUCAAACACAGGGAUGAUGGUGUCCAGGACCUAGUGGCCACAGGCAGUCUGCUCAGUUGUGACCCUCAGCGCGUUGUGCUGAAGAGGAUUGUGCUGAGCGGACACCCGUUCAAGAUCAACCGUCGCUCUGCUGUUGUCCGUUACAUGUUCUUUAACAGAGAAGACAUCAUGUGGUUCAAGCCAGUGGAGCUGCGAACAAAGUGGGGUCGGAGAGGCCACAUCAAAGAGGCUUUAGGAACACACGGUCACAUGAAGUGUCUGUUUGAUAAUCAGCUGCGCUCCCAAGACACUGUGCUGAUGAAUCUGUACAAGAGAGUGUAUCCUCGCUGGACAUACGACCCUUUUGUGCCUCGAUCUCUUCCCUGGUUCAAGAGGGAAAGUGCUGUGGAACUGGAUGACUCAGACAUGGAAUAGCACGACGGACACAGUUUUGACAGCAAUUGGGGUCGUAUGACAUUUUGAAAAAGAUUGUCUAUUGAUUAAAACCACUUAGGUUGAACAUG